CUGCCAUCCCUCUCCGCCAUCCCCAGUUCAGCUUUGUACCUCUGGCAUCAGAGGGAAUACACAACACUAUGUCUUCACGAUCCACAGUGACCACGCUGGUCGUUGGCAUGUUCGUAACCGGAUGUGCGAACAGUUUAUUAACCAAAUAUCAAGACAAGGCCUGUGUAGAGAACUGUGGCCCAAAUGACACAUUACCGAAAGUGGACUUUGAACAGCCAGUAUGGCAGACUCUCAACAUGUUCAUCGGUGAACUCGGCUGUGGCUUACCAUUGCUUUAUCGAUGUAUCGUUCAGGCAACAAAGCGCAAGGACGGCAAGUCAUUUCCCGGACGAGUCUUAGCUGCCUGGCCUGGCGACGGGUCAGCCUCUACCGAGGGGUACAAUCAAGUUGCCCAAGAUGAAGGGGAGGUUGCACCAAAGCCGGACUUUGAAGAGCGCUUGACGGGCUGGAAAGUGUGCCUCUUAUGGUUCCCUGCUUUCUUUGACAUCUGCGGGACCACCUUGAUGAAUGUCGGAAUGAUCCUGUGCCCGGUUAGCAUUUACCAAAUGUCACGAGGUGCUCUGGUCCUCUGGGUCGGCAUCCUAUCUGUCAUUUUCCUGCGUCGGCAUCUAUACCUAUACCAGUGGACAUCCCUCAUCAUCGUCACCAUGGGAGUCUGCCUCGUUGGUCUUUCCGGCAGCAUGCAGAAGAAACCGAUGGCCGACGAACCAGUUGAUCUUGUCGCGAGAUUCAUGGAGAUCGCUCAGAGGUCAGAUGAAGAUCCUGGCAAAGUGGCUGUCGGAGUCCUACUCAUUCUUUUCGCUCAAGUUUUUACUGCCUCGCAAUUCGUUGUCGAGGAGAAGAUCAUGGCGAGAUACAAAGUCGAGCCCGUCGCGGCCGUCACGUAUGAAGGCUUCUUUGGCCUCGUGACUACUCUUGCCGCCAUGCCCAUCUUGCACUUGACGCUCCGACACCGAUCUCCGUACUUUGACGUCCCUAGGGGAUGGAGACAGAUCAUUCACCACCCCCGAGUCUACUGGACCUGUAUCGCCAUCAUGUUCUCCAUUGGAUCUUUCAACUUUUUCGGGCUGAGCGUGACGACACGGAUUAGCGCGACUGCUAGGAGCCUGAUCGACACGUGUAGAACGCUGGGAAUUUGGAUCUUCAGUCUUGCAGUCGGGUGGGAAAGAUUGAUCUUCCCAUUGUCUCUCUUGCAAGUCGCAGGGUUUGCGAUGCUAGUAUACGGCACGUUUGUGUUCAACGGCCUGCUGAAACCGCUGUGCUUCCCCCCGCCGGCCCAGGUCCGACUGCCUCAAGAGUCUGACCUUGAAGAGACUGGUGCAACCCCAGCAGCUUCAAGCCAAAGUCGUCAAGGCUACGAUGUCCUUCCAAGCGACGAGCAUUGAUUUGCGCUAGUAUAUGUAAACGU